GACAUCAGGGGACUUUACUGUGCAUGCACACACACACACACACACACACACACACACACACACACACACACACACACUCACACACACACACACACACACACACACACACACACACACUCACAGAAACACAGACUUUAUGCGUCUUCACUUCUUCAUCUGACCACAGAGGCUGAAGCAGACGACCUCAGAGCUGUGAUAUCAGAGAAUCAUCUGCAGACGCACCAUGUCUCCUGAAACGCCUCUUCUCGUCUCGGAGACGUCCCAGAACGACCAGACGGCGACCACGGUGGACAUCGACUCCAUCAUGAACAACGUCUCCAUCGUCCUCUACACGCUGACCGUCGUGCUCGGCAUCACAGGGAACUCCAUCGUCAUCUGGGUGGCCGGAUUCAAGCUCAAGCCGAAGGUCACCAACGUGUGGCUGGUGAACUUGGCGAUCGCGGACCUGAUCUUCUGCUUCACGCGCGUCUUCUCCCUCGUGAAGAAGCUCCUCUUCGACCACUGGCCGUACGGCGUCUUCCUCUGCAAGUUCAACGGCUUCUUCAAGUACGCCAACAUGUUCUGCUCCGUCUUCCUGUUGGCCGUGAUCAGUGUGGACCGGGUGCUCUGCGUGUGGAAGCCCGUCCUCACCAAGAGACGCCGCACACUGCGGGCCGCCAGGCUGGUGGCCGUCGGCGUGUGGGUCACCGCCAUCAUCUUCAGCACGCCGUACUUUGUCUACCGCCAGGUGUACCUGGGGAAGAACAACCUGAGUAAGUGCUCGCUGGACGUGAAGGAGGCGGCGCAGGGGGACAACAGCGCCAAGCGGGCUCUCUACUCCAUCCGCUUCCUGUGCGGCUUCCUGUUGCCUUUUAUGGUCAUCCUCGUCUGCUACAUCCUGGCCGGGCUCGGCAUCCGGCGCACCCGCCUGUCGGGGAAGUCCCGCCCCCUGCGUAUACUGGCGUCCUUGGUGGUGGCGUUCUUCCUGUGCUGGGCGCCGUACCACUGCCUCCUGCUGGUGAAAAUGGUGGACAGUAAGAACUCAGUGGUGAAGAUCUGGCACCCCAUUGCGUCCGGCGUCGCCUACUUCAACAGCUGCGUGAACCCGCUGCUGUACUUCUGCAUGGGCGUGGACGUGAGGGGGCGCUUCAGGCAGAGUCUGGCGGGCGUGUUCAAGAGAGCGCUGGAGGACGACGUGGACGGGCAGACGACCCAGCCCAGCGAGCGCUCUCUGGACGACAGCAGCGGCUCCAGACACAGCGCGGCGGCGGGGAGGAGUUGCAUGUCGGUGGACAUAGCCAAAGUUUGAACGUCUGACGGCGUGCCCUGAACACGUUUGACCUUUCAGGGACAGAAUCUGAAAACGUUUUCACGCUCGACUCGUUGAAACAGCGAGAGUUCAGAGGGAACGAGAUCAAAGUGGGAGAAUGUGAGUGCAGCUGCUUGUCUGUCUCUAUAUGUCAGCUCUGUGAUUGGCUGGUGAACAGUCCAGGGUGUAACCCCGCCUCUCAACCAAUGACAGGAAAAGUGGAAUAGAUAACGACCCUGAACUGGUCACCAAUCAAAAUAUUUGUAAGGUCAAAAUGAGUCAAGUGGUUUGCCUUUCGUUUAGAGCACUGAUGUACUGGAGAUGCUUAACCAGGUGAAGUCACCCCCUCAACCCCUUCAUUUGAACAGGAUCUUUUGAAAACCUCCCUCCCCGCUCUUCUAUUUUCACAAACCAGAUCCCUGGAACUAUUACGGGCAAUAACUUUAGAAUCACAAACUCUUUGAGAAUUUGGUAUCAAAUACGGAAAUCAUUUAAAUGACCUGAAACUUCUGCUUAUACACCUGUUUGCUGCAACCAUGCCUUCCCUCCCUCAAUCACAGAUAAUGCUUUCAGACUCUGGUGGAAUAAAGGCAUCAUCACCAUUGCAGACCUUGUUCAUAACACUUUUGCCACCUUUCUACAGUUAAAAGAAAAAUAUACACUGCCAGAUACGCAUUUCUUCCGUUUUCUCCAGAUUACAGACUACAUCCGCACAAAUAUUUCACACUUUCAGUCAAUGCCAACCCCAAGCGAACUUUAUAAUCUUAUAAACCAGAGUCCUGACUCGAAACGAUUAAUCUCCAGAUUUGUAGAUCUUAUCACAGCACAUAACCCUGUUUCCACACAGCACCUAAAAAGAUCUUUGUGUAUCAGUUGGUCAUGAGACCUGGGAAACCUACCUUAAAAACAUUUAUAGUUGUUCUAUAAACUCCAGAAACCAACUUAUUCAAUUUAAAAUACUUCAUAGGCUUCAUUAUUCCUGCACCAAAUUGCACUCCUUUUAUCCGUCUGUUUCUCCAACCUGUCCAAAGUGUACAUCAGCUGAGAGCACUCUGGGUCACCUAUUCUGGUCUUGCCCUGAACUAAAGAAGUUUUGGUCAGAUAUUUUUAAUUGCUUCUCUGAAAUUUGAACUUUUGUGGUAAAGUACAGUUUGAACUUUAUUUCAUAUUUCUGUUUUUAAGUUGAAAUGUUUCUGUAAUAACUGCGUACGCUGGUCAUGUAAUGGUCAUCACACACACGAGAUAAAACAUGAAGCGUGGCCGUCGCUCCGUGUGCAGAACAUCAGCAUCAUAAACUCAGCUGAGUCUGUUCUGCAUCGAUCACGAGAUCACGUGUUUGUAAUAAACUGUUUAUGAUGAACUCUU